AUGUUCCAGAACACGCCUCUCAAAAGCGAUUUCUAUUCGGCGAAUGGUACUGUCGAAAUUACGUUCAAAUAUGAGCCAGGAGCAUGGCCACUGGGAACGCAAGAUCUGGAUGUAAUGCCAAUGUUUCAUUUGAUCACAUGCGCUGAGCCAGACCUCACUCAAGGAGUGCCGCUUCCAGAAUUCAUAAAGGGAUCGCUCCCGAAUACGCUGGUGGGUCGUGUGGGUUCGGACAUGAUGUAUCGGAAAUGUCGAUUUGUCUACUAUGCGCAGAGCAUCUCGAGUAGAAAAUGUGCCACAGAGACGGAGAUUCGCACACCGCCUUCACCCGACUUACAGACGCUGACCAUCAACUGCGACACGGUCGAGGGAAAUCCGUGCGUCAGAGUUGACAUCUUCCCAGCUCCUGUUUGUGGUCAAAUAAAUGAUAUCGAUUACAAGAUUUCAAAGAAGUACAUCGCUCCGGGCGACAAAGACUAUAGCUUGACGUUGAAUGUCACGUUUGAACCAAUUCGGAGAGAAAAUGAGCCGCCUACCAUCUAUUAUAAGGCGUUUUACGGAGACGCUUUACCGUAUGCGCACAAAGAAGAGGAGGCGCUAGCCGGUGUCAACAUGACGAAAGUGAUAGGAAGUACAACCAACUGCUUACAAUUCGACCAGAACGGAUUCUGCUUGGAAAACACUGGUAACAACGUGAAUGUGAGCGGGCUUAGUUUCGAUAAGCUCUAUGGAAUCACGUUUUGUGCUGUGAAAGAUCCUCGGAACCUCACCAUACCAGACUUGACAGACAGCAGUAGAGCGGUCCGGCCACGGACCAAUAAAAUAUACGUCGACUCCAAAGAUCAAGCUGGCAGUAAAGCGGGCAUGAUCAUCGGAAUCGUCUUCGGUGCGAUCGUCCUCCUGAUUGCUGGCAUUAUUGGCAUCUGCUGUUACAUUAACCGGAAGCAGAAGCAAGAGAAUAAACUCUAUCAACUGAAACUAGCCCAGCUGGAACGCGAAAAGGAGUGCCGAUACACUGAUUUUCCGAAAAAUAGCAAUAAAAUAGAAAAUUGGAAUCCUUAUUUAUCGAAGCGAGUUCCAGGAAAGCUCCUUGGCAAGUCGUUAGGCCACAAAGACUCAACCUCGCCUCUCGGAGUAAAUCUCAUGAGGGCAGAGAACUGUCAGGUUGCCGUGAAAAUGCUGCCAGAAUAUGCGGACGAGAUGUCUCGAAGCGACUUCCUUAGAGAAAUCGGUCUAAUGAAAACCCUUGGAUAUCAUGAAAGAUUGGUCAACAUGCUCGCAUGUAUCACUGAGUCUGAACCACUCUGUCUCAUCGUGGAAUACUGUAGCGAUGGUGAUUUGCUGCGGUUUCUACGUGAACGAUGUAAAUACAUGAUGAAGCUUGACGCAGCAGGUGUGAACUACCACGAGCCUCCAGUUGAUAACAGUUACGAUAUUGAGAUGGUGAUCACAUUGAAGCAAUUGCUAAUGUUCGCCGUUCAAGUCAGCUACGGACUGGAAUACCUCUCAUCAAAAGGUUUCGUUCAUCGAGACGUGGCCGCUCGUAAUGUUCUCGUUCACGGGAAAAACGCCUGCAAAAUUGGUGAUUUCGGUCUCUGUCGCAACUUGUAUGCAGAUAACUCUCUCUACAAAAGCAAGGGUGGACGUUUGCCGUUGAAGUGGAUGUCACCGGAAGCGAUCCGACAUUACGAGUUCUCGGCACAAAGCGAUGUAUGGGCCUUUGGUGUACUACUAUUCGAGAUUAUCACGCUUGGUGGCUCACCAUACCCUUCCGUCUCUCCUGAAGAGAUGCUACCAUUCCUGGAGAACGGUGGUCGAAUGGAGCGUCCAGAUAACUGUCCUGAAAAUUUCUACGAGGUGAUGUGCGAGUGUUGGACAGUGAAUCCUCGGCUACGACCAGAUUUCUCAGUGAUUCGUCAAAAGCUUGCCUCCCUGCUAGAGGAAAUCACUGAGGAGUACAGCUAUUUGACUCUUGACGCCCAGAAAGACUACUAUAAUGUCCAGUACGGAGACCAGAAGCCGGACGUAAUCGUGAUCCCCGAGUCAGAAACGAUAUCGAUCGAGCCGAUGAAGAAAACGUUAGAUACAUCGAUGUUAUCGAUCGACAGCCUUCCCAUCGAUGACGUGACCACGUGGAGUGAUGGAAACUCCACGAAGGACUUUCAAGCUGGCGACGUCGCUAGACGGAAGACUGCUUCGGAUGGUACGGACGACUCAAUGUUGGGUGUGGAUAAUUCCGCUUUUAAAGGCGAUUCUUUAUAG